AUGAGUCCGAAACCGGGUAAUGACACCACAGCUGCCGGACGUCCCCGGAGGCGGGCCGUCGAGGCAUGCUCAUUCUGUCGAAGACGCAAGAUCAAGUGCAAUAACGAACAGCCUACAUGUGCCAACUGCAAGACAUACGGCAAAGACUGUGUCUAUGAGCCUCUGGCUGGCCUUGACGACAACACCCUGCACUCGACACCACCACGGCGUCACGUCGGGCGGCAGAGACAGGGUGCUCUGAGGAGCACGAGACGGCAAGCAGACACUCCGACAAGUGCUCGGGAUGACAGCGUCCGUAAUCUCACUCCCGCGGACCGCAACGACGCCGGCCCCUCACCAAACCCCGAUGACCAUGAUCCUUCGACACCCUCGCCCCCACUUACCAGGACACGACGACCGGAAAACUCAGCGGAACGGGCAUCUUCCCAUCGCGGAGAUGUAUCCCGGAUCGUGGUAUCCGCAAAUGGAGUCUCAAGCUACCAUGGCCGUACCAGUGCCUUAUUCGAGGAGAACCCUCAGGAGCGAUUCUCGGUAACUGACCUGCACCCCCGAAUGCCAGAUGACUGGAUCGAGAAGGGCCUAGUUGCAGAGACAGCCAAACAACGUCAGCUUGAAGAGUUCAAUUAUCGAGCGGGGUCGCUUGAUUUUGACGGUGUAGAUCCAGAGCUUGGCAUGCACCUCCUAUCCUUGCAUUGGAAUCGCCAGCAUCACUCCUUUCUACUCACUUACCGGCCUGCCUUCAUGAGAGAUAUGGCCUGUAAUGGGCCGUACUUUUCCAAGAUACUCUUGAACGCUAUUUACUUUGGUGCUUCCAAGUUUAGCCCUCGAAGGGAGGUCCGGAGGGAUCCUAAUGAUGUUCGCACCGCCGGCUGGGCCUUCCGUGAGCGUGUCCGCAAAUUACUGGGUGAUGCGCUCGAUAGUAGUGAUAUUACCACGAUACAAGCUUUGCUAGUGAUGACAAAUUCGCUUUUUGCGCUCGGAGAUGAGAGAAGCGCCGCCUGGUUGUAUGCUGGUUUGGCGUUCCGAAUGAUUAUAGACUUGGGCAUGCAUGUAGAUGCCCCAGGUCUUGGAACAACAGGGAAAUUCUCUGACGAAGAUCUAGAGAUACGACGGCGGGUCUUCUGGGGGGCAUUCGUUGUCGACAAGAUUCAGAGUCUGUAUCAAGGGCGUCCAGCGUCCCUGAAAGAGUCCGAUACUCUGGUACCGAUCAAGUUCCUCGACACGUUCGAAGAGUUCGAAAAUUGGAAGCCGUUUGCCUACUCUACCGACGCCACCAACUACCCUGGUUCGCCCGCCUACAGCGUAUCGACCUUUACGUAUCUGUGCCGUCUCUCAGUCGUCAUGAGCGACAUUUUGAGUUGCAUCUACACAGAGCGAGCAUUCGACAAGAGCGCCGCAGAGCUUUCCACAAUGUUACAGACCUUGAGCUCGAAGCUGGCGACUUGGAAAGAUGCACUCCCAGCACAUCUUGUCUUUGAUCCCAAAAGAAAUGACGUUGUGCCGCCACCGCAUGUUCUUAGCUUGCACGCCAUGUAUCAUGUUCUUACUAUCCUUCUUAAUCGCCCGUUUGUGUCCGAUGGACACCUGUAUAACACGUCUCGUUCCAUCUCUGUCAACUCGUUCAUCACCUGUGUGUCUGCGGCCGACAGCAUAGUGAGCGUUCUUCGAGUCUAUGAUAGGGUUUUCUCCGUGCGCCAUGCGCCAUAUCUGAUCUCGUAUGCCACGUACGUUGCGGCGACGAUACACGUGCGGAUCGCUGCCAAGCGAAGCACAGAAUCGGAGGCUCGAGAAUGUCUAGAAACUUGCAUGGCAGUCUUUCGUGAGAAUCAAGAAACGAACUGGGCUGUCAGGAGGGCCAAAACGAUAGUUGAAGGCUUGAUGACGAGACUGGGUGUAAGUCUUUGUGAGGGGCAAACUGCACAGCCCAGGGAUCGCAUACAAGCCAGCAAAAGAACGCGAUUAGCCAUGGCUACCGCGCAGAACAACACCGAAGGCACGAAUAGCUUGCCUCAAGUAUUCCAAAGCUCUGCGCCACAGACAGCACUCGAUAACGAAACACCUCCAUUGGGAUGGUCGGAUAUCGAUGGAAUCAUUCAGAGUUUUGCAAGAGGUCAAGAUCCUAACGCAGCCUCAGCGGAUCCGGCCCUAACAGAUAUUCAAUUGCAACAAGUCCCACAUUCAGCGGGAAAUCAGACUUUCGGCUCUGGUCCCUCGGGUUUUGUGAGCAGCCAAACAUGGUUCCAGGGGAUGCCAGAAGGGGACAGUGGCUCGGCCUCCUUUGACGACCUACUUUUUGGCCUCAACGGAUCCGCGUUGGACAGCAUGUUUUCCUGA